AUGUCGCAUCUCGAAAAGGUCGACACCGGGUCAUCGGCCACGGCCGUCAACCCCAACCAGCACACGCUGCGAAAGCGCCCCUACCGCGUCAGGUCGACGCCCUUCUCCGAGAUCCUCGACCACAAGUACGCCGGAUCGGGCACCCAGGAGGACCCGUUCAUGGUCGAGUGGCUCCCCAACGACCCAGAGAACCCCAUGACCUACUCGCAGACCUACAAGUGGAUCAUCACGGUCCAGGUCGCCAUCGCCACGCUCUGCGUCUCGCUCUCGUCGAGCGCGUACACGGGCGCCGCCAUCUCGCUCCGCGAGACGUUCCAGGUCGACCAGCUCAUCAUCACCCUCGGCGUCUCGCUCUUCGUCCUUGGCUUCGCCUUUGGCCCGCUCAUCUGGGCUCCUCUCUCCGAGGUUCUCGGCCGACGCAACCUCUUCAUCUUCGCCAACCUCAUGUACACCCUCUGGCAGGGCGUCGCCGUCGCAUCGCCCAACAUUGAGUCGCUCCUCGUCUUCCGCUUCCUCUCGGGCCUGUUUGGCGCGUCGCCCCUCGUCAACUCGGGCGGCACCCUGGCCGACAUGUUCAGCGCCAACCAGCGCGGCCUCGCCAUGGCCCUCUUCGCGGCGGCGCCCUUCCUCGGCCCUGCCCUCGGCCCCAUCACCGGCGGCUUCCUCGGCGAGUCCGGCGGCUGGAAGUGGGUGCUGGGCUACGUCGCCAUCUUUGCCGCCGUCGUCACGGCCGUCGGCAUCUUGACCCUGCCCGAGACCUACGCGCCUUACCUCCUCCGCAAGCGCGCCCAGAGGCUGUCCAAGGUCACCGGCAAGCACUACAUCUGCAAGCUCGACAAGGGCAAGGACCUGCGCCUCAAGACGAUGUUCUCGGUCGCCCUCAGCCGUCCCUGGCUGCUCCUUUUCCACGAGCCCAUUGUCCUCAUCCUCUCCAUCUACGUUGCCAUCGUCUACGGCAUCCUCUACUCGCUCUUCGGUGCCUUCCCCAUCGUCUUCCAGCAGGAGCGCGGCUGGAGCCCGGGCAUCGGCGGUCUCGCCUUCUGCGGCGUCCUGGUCGGCAUGAUCAUCGCCGUCGGCUACAUCGUCUUUUACGAGAACCCGCGCUACGUCCGCAUCGCCAAGUCGCUCGGCGGCGUCGCCCCUCCCGAGGUCCGCCUGCCCUCGUGCAUGGUGGGAGCCGUUGCCAUUGUCGUCGGCCUCGCCAUCUUUGCCGCCACCGACUCGCCCAGCAUCCACUGGAUCGCGCCCAUCAUUGGCUCGGCGCCGUUCGGCUUCGGCAUGGUCCUCAUCUUCCUCUCGCUCAUGAACUACCUCACCGACAGCUACCUCAUCUACGCCGCCUCGGUCCUCGCCGCCAACUCGGUGAUCCGAUCCCUCUUUGGUUUCGCCUUCCCGCUCUUCACCAAGAACAUGUACCAGAUCGGCGGCGCCAACGGCAUCCACUGGGGCCCGGCCAUCGCCGGCUUCCUCGCCCUCAUCUGCCUCCCCUUCCCCUUUGUGUUUGCAAAGUACGGAGCAAAGAUCCGCGCCAAGUGCAAGUACUCGUCCGAGGCGGCCGCCUUCCUGGAGCAGCUGCGCGGCACCUCGCAGCCCGGGCCCGAUGGCAAGCCUAGCCCCGUCGCCGAGCCCAACGAGGCUUCGGGCUACGACGGCGAUGUCGCAGACGACCCGGAGCUGCUGAGGCAGUACACCUCCCACGCCGACGUCAUGCCCGGCGACGGCGCCAUCACCAACGUCAACUCGAGCUGCAACCACAGCAGCGUCGGGCAUCCCUAG